GCGGCUCCUACAAAGUCUGGUCGGAUUUCUAAAGUUAGUGCCGAAGAGACGAGCGCUGUACGUCUCCGAGUAGCUGACAGAGCUCUCCAAGUCGCCCUGGAAACGUCUUUUCCGUACAGCAACAUGGCCGCGCCCGUUGGCUCGUAGAAAAGGAAAUUUCCUUUGCCAUGAAAGUGGCGUCUUUCGUGACCACGGUUUAGAGGGUUGCUUCUCAUGAUGCAAGUCUGGGAGACGUCGUGCAGUUUUUCUGACAGGGGAAGCAGUGAGGACACGCUCACCUUUAAGAAUUGAAUGACUUCCUGACUUGGAGGAUGUGGACCUAGUGGCUAGAUUAAAAGCGAACAGGAGGUUGUGUGGAGGGCCCAGGAAGAUAAGAGGAUUCAAUUGGGAUUCCAGAAAUAAGAUCCCAUUUUAAUUCUCUUUUGCUAAAUUGGCUGAAAAAUUAGAAUUAUCAACCCUGUAAUUAAAAGUUUAUAUUAAAACAUUACAUUUUUCCUUAACGUAUCAUGAAUGUCAAAUUCUCUUUUGUGUAUAUGUUAAGUUUAUAUACUUGCACAUGAAUUCUACCUGUGUAUGUGAAGUAUAUUUUUAUUGAAAUGCAGGACAUUUAAGAAGUUAAUCUGGAAAAUUGGAUUUUACAUCUAGACUCUCAUUUUCAGAGUUUUUUUUUUCUUUCUUUUUUAAGAGAAGAGAAUGUCUGUGGUGCACCAACUGUCACCAGGAUGGUUACUAGAUCAUCUUUCUUUCAUUAACAACAUAAACUAUCAGCUUCACCAACAUCAUAAGCCUUGUUGCAGUAAAAAUGAGCCCACUUCAUCUGUCCACUUUGAUACUCUUCAAACGGAUUCUUUGAUCUCUUUGGGAACCUCUGCUACCUUUAUUGCUUUUGACUCUACCACUAAGCCAGAUAAUGAUGCCAGAGGAAAUUGUGAAAUCUUCAUACAGAGAUAUGUUUUUCGAUCUGAGCUAUUUAAUGUCACCAAACCUUAUAUAACUCCAGCUGUUCACAAAGAAUGCCAACAAAGGAAUGAAAAGGAAGAUCCAAUGGAUGGUAUUAAAGAAGAAAACCGCAUUUCUAUUAUUGGGAAGAAGCGUAAAAGAUGUGUUGUUUUCAAUCAAGGUGAAUUGGAUGCUAUGGAAUAUCAUACAAAGAUCAGGGGACUGAUUUUGGAUGGCUCUUCAGAGUUAAUCCAAGAAGGUCUCAAAAGUGGCUUUCUUCAUCCACUUUCUGAAAAAUGGGACAAGUGUAGUGAGCCCAUUACUUUACCACUUGAUGCCUGCAGUUUGUCAGAAUUAUGUACAAUGGCAAAGCAUUUGCCUUCUCUGAAUGAAAUGGAUCUUCAGGCAUUACAAUUGAUGGAAGAAGAUAUGUCUAUUACAGAACAGGAUUUAUUUUCACGGGUUGUUGAAAACAACUCUAGCUUUACAAAAAUAAUUACUUUAAUGGGACAGAAAUACCUGGUGCCACCAAAAAGCAGUUUUCUUUUGUCUGACAUUUCUUGCAUGCAUCCACUUCUGAACUGUAGGAAAACAUAUGAUGUAAUUGUGAUGGAUCCACCAUGGCAGAACAAAUCAGUUAAAAGAAGUAACAGGUACAGCUAUUUAUCACCAUUGCAAAUAAAGCAGAUACCUAUUCCUAAAUUGGCGGCUGCAAACUGUCUUAUCAUUACUUGGGUGACCAAUAGACAGAAGCACCUGCGUUUUGUAAAGGAAGAACUUUAUCCUUCUUGGUCUGUUGAGAUAGUUGCUGAGUGGCACUGGGUAAAAAUCACCAAUUCAGGAGAAUUUGUGUUCCCGUUAGAUUCUCCACACAAAAAGCCUUAUGAAGGUCUUAUACUGGGGAGAGUUCGAGAAAAAACUGCUGUACCAUUAAGGAAUGAAGAUGUAAAAGUACUUCCCAUUCCAGAUCACAAGUUAAUUGUCAGUGUGCCCUGUACUCUUCAUUCACAUAAGCCACCGCUUGCUGAGGUUCUAAAAGACUAUAUCAAGCCAGAUGGGGAAUGUUUGGAAUUGUUUGCUCGAAAUUUACAGCCAGGUUGGACUAGUUGGGGCAAUGAAGUUCUCAAAUUUCAACACAUGGAUUAUUUUGUUGCUCUGCAGUCUAGAAGCUGACUAUGAUCUUAAAGUUGUGAUUUUCUUCACUUUUUCCUCACCCCUUUUUCCUUCAUUCUAACUGAUAUUUCCUUUUCUCACCAACCAGUAUGCUUAGAAAUGUAAACAGGACUUGGUUUUUCUGCCAAAGACCAGAAGUGACUAGUCUUUAUGUAAUUUUGAGAUGAAUUUACUUCCGUUGUACUAGUAGUCCCCAUUAUUCCGGAUUCACUGCAAAUAAAGAGGUAAGCAGUUAGAAAAAUGACAAGACUUUGUUAUCGAAAAAGUUCGGAAAGCACGCACUAUGGACCAGAGGUCAUAAUUCUGCCUAUGGAUGUGUUUCAUUUGGCCCAUAUGGUGUUACAAAAGAAAUUUGAACCAUCAUUCUGAAAAUUUGAACCAUCAUUGUGAAAAAUCUACACAUAAAGUGUAGAUUUUCGCUUUUCUCUAAACAUCAGAAGCUCUGGCUGCAUUGAGGUCUGUAUUCUUUACUGGCAUCAGUCAGUAGGACCCAGUGGUAGCAGCUCACUUGGGAAGGGACAUGGGCUCUGCAGUUUACCACAAAAACACUUACUCCAUGCCACUCACUUGUAUUGUCUACGUGGCCCCUGUGCAACCCAAAUUUAUGAUCUCUGGUAUACUGUUACGUUCUGGAAAAAAUACUGAGAGACCUGCCAAGUACCUCAUCAUUGUACUGAGCUUAUGAAACCUUUUUGGAGGGUUUUAAAUUGCAUUCAAGGUCACUUUUCUUUUUUUUUAAUUUAUUUUUAUUUUUAUUAUUAUUAUUUUUUUAAAUUUUUUAUUUAUUUGAGAGAGAGAGAAUGAGAGAGAGAGCACAUGAGAGAGGGGUGGGUCAGAGGGAGAAGCAGACUCCCCACCGAGCAGGGAGCCCGAUGCGGGACUCGAUCCCGGGACUCCAGGAUCAUGACCUGAGCCGAAGGCAGUCGCUUAACCAACUGAGCCACCCAGGCGCCCCUCAAGGUCACUUUUCAAGUACUUCUUAGUUUUGCUUGGUUUUCUAGAAGAUUUAAAGAGUAUUUCUUAUAAAAAUGUCAGAAGAUGGGGCGCCUGGAUGGUCGUUAAUCAUCUGCCUUCGGCUCAGGUCAUGAUCCCGGCGUCCUGGGGUCAAGCCCCACAUCAGGCUCCCUGCUCGGCGGGAAGCCUGCUUCUCCCUCUCCCACUCCCCCUGCUUGUGUUCCCUCUCUCACUGUCUCUCUGUCAAAUAAAUAAAUAAAUAAAUAAAUAAAUAAAUAAAUAAAUAAAUAAAAUCUUAAAAAAAAAUGUCAGAAGAUAAUACCGCUUAUGAUUUAAAAGAUAUUUAUAUUAUUUACAGAUUUCCCACAAAUAUUUUUUUACUAAGUAAAAUAUUUUUUACUGAAAUGAUUCUUUGAAAAGCAUGCUGAUUUGUUGUGUAUAACCUUUUUUUAAAUUGAGAUACAAUUUCACAUAAAAUUCUCCAAUUUUUACUAUAGGAUUCAGUGAGUUUAGAAAACAUAUACUAUGGUUGUCUGUCUACCACCAUAAUCGUGAUAUAGAACAUUUUCUUUACCUCCAAAACUCAUGUGUCCAAUUACAGUCAAUCCCUUCCUCCCAUCCCUGGCAUUUGGUGAACAAUGAUUUGUUUUCUAUCAUUAGUUUUGCUUUCUUAGAAUUUCAUAUAAACAGAAUCAUAGAAUAUGUAAUCUAUUGUAUCUGGCUUCUUUCACUUAGCAUUUUGACAAAAGUAUUUAUAUAAUUUACAGCUUUUCUACAAAUAUUUAUCUCCUAAAUAAAAUGUUAGAUUGAGAUGGUUAUCUGACACAUUUGCCUAUUUGUUUACUGAUUUUGCCAAUGAAAAAAUGUUAUUUUUGAAGUUUGUUCAUUCUUUGUGUGAAUAUAUAUUAUAGGCUUAACUUUGUAUUUAUAGGGAUACUCUUACUUGUUAUUGAAAUGAAAAAAGGCAUUAAACUUGAAGCAAACAUCUCACAACCUUAUUUGAAACUCUUUCCAGCCUCUUGUACUAUUUAUAGGUUUUAUAUAAUUUGUGGAAACGUUUUAUUCUCACCAAGUUUUUGGACUUUUAUUUUUGCACCACAAAUACUGAUACUUGAGAGAAAAAGAAUUUUUAUUCACUGAAUGUGGUAUUCAAGACACAGAGGGUUGGUUUUUUUUGUGUGUGUGUGUUUUGUUUUAGACACAGAAGUUGUAGUCUUAGCUCUGUUCCUAAGUUGUACAACCUGUGGGCCUUGUUUGUAAUACCUGUUUAAUUAUUGGGCUCUUUUUUGACCAAAAGAUCAUUCUGGAAAAUGGAACAGUCACAUACCUUGUGAGAACAAAAAGGCCAGACUAAGAGCAUUGAACUUUGACUUCAUUACCCCUGAGUUUUAGCCAACUGACCUAAUGAACUUUAUUAUUCAUUUAAUGUUAUAUCUUCAUUCAGAGAUUUUUAUAUUGCUUUUAAAGCCUGUAAGGAUUUUAUUUUCUAUCAUAUUUUUUUACAGACUUAAAGUCUUUUAGGACUCUUGGAAAUGCUUAGACAAAGGGAUAGAGCUAAUGUUUGUUGAAUAGUGUGUUACUCUUUGCUAUGCUUUUUACAUUUUAUUGCAUUUAAUCCUUGUGCAGUCCUGAGAGUAUUAUCUCCAUUUAAUAGUUAAGAAAACUGAGGCCCAGGAGACUAUUUUGUCCUAAAACCUAUAGUAGGUAUUGGAACUAGGAUUAGAAUGCACAGCUCCCUGACUUGUAGCCCAGCCCUAGAGUUUGGUUUGAUUUGGAGGCCAUGCAAUCACAAUUGGCUUCCUGAGCAACCACACAAAAAGCCAUUUCACCUGCACAUGGUUAACGGCGGACACCACACUCGAGAAACUUUGGGGAAUCUUGCCUCAUGAGAUUGUAUCCUUAGAAUUCGUGGCUUUUCUCUUGACACUCUUUCACCUUCCCAUUCAGGGUCCAUUAGAGUAAAAUCACAGAGCAGGUAACUGCUCUUUUGGAAGCAGAUCGUCUAUAAGUUGGUCCUUUUUGUCUUCCUUUCUUAGAAAGGGGAAGUAAUAAUUCUUAUCUUUUAAGUUGUUAUGAGGAUUAAAUGAGUUAACACAUGUAAGGCACUUAGAACUGUACUUGGAAUAUUUUAAGCAAUCAAUGUUUGAACUCUUCACAUAUUUUUUAGUUUCAGGUCAAAAGGUUUUCUUUCACAAUUUGUACUCCAGUUUGGGGGAUUCACCUGCAUACUGUCCACAGAGUUUUUCUGUCUAAACAUCAUAUUUUCUUGAUCUUUUUCUUGAGAUCAGAUUUCCUAGCUUGCACCCGGUUUCAUACACGAGGAAGCUUUGAAAUCCAUCAUUUCCAUUGUGGUCCUGCCUGGAAAUAAAUAAUUAAAAACAAAACAAAGGCCACAUGUAGCUUUGGGUUUCAACUCUUGACUCUGAACUUCAUUGUUACUGUACAUUGUUCUUUGAUGACUUCCAUAGGUGGUUAAUUGGUGGCCUUUCUGAUGUUUCUUCUAUAUUCAGAAACUUUAGGCUCAUGUCACAUUAAUUUUGGUUCAGAAUAGAUCUGUUACACUUUGAUGGAUGAUCUGUUACACUUGCAGGACCUUGAUUUUUAUGUGCAACAGCUGUGGACUGAAUGCACCCUCCCAAAAUU